AUGCGACUACAUCUUGAAAUCUCUCUCAUUCGCAGCCGCGAGGGCGAUGUUAAUGCGCUCUACGAUGACCCAUUCGGCCAUGUCUAUCCGGAAUUCGAAGAAUAUCUGGAAGGCCGUCUGAGUUUACGAGAAGCAUCAAAUAUCAUCGCCAGAAGAAUGAUUCAGCGCGAGGGUGACCCAAAUCUCCCGUGGACGUUUAUCCUCGAAAUGGCGACGGCCAGCCCUGAGCAACAUGACAAACUCAUCGAAUUUCUCGUGCAGCUCUCGCAGCUAUCUGAUCCAGUAGGUCCGGACAAGAUGCCUGUAAGAAUUUACGGCAUGCUGGAAGGAUCUUCCAAUACCGACCUGGCAUUUCCGUGA